ACUGGUCUGUCAGUAGGCUGCUGAGCUCUGCGCUGUCCUCUUCCGCAAGGUUACAUAGAUCCCCACGGGUUGCCAUUAUGGGAAUAUAAUAUUCCACCUGAAACUCUGCAAGUUACCUUCCGUGUUAUUUAAGAUACACGUGGUAUGAUUAAGUGAUCUUUAAAAUAUUUUUCGUUCGGUAGGAAGUCGUUUGAAAUCGGACACCGCUGAUGUUUUAGCGUCCAUCUCCUCUCGUAGGCUGCGCUGCGGAGUAAUAUGUUGUUGGAACCGACAAUGUGGAGGCUGUUAAAAUGUCUACUAGGAAAAUGAAAUCGUUACAAUCGUAACAAUAAGAAAAUCGGAAUUAACACAAGAGUUGUAAUUCCACCCGGAAAGACAGUUUCGAUUUCGUGACCAGGACAACAACAAGCCGAUCCUGUAGAGGGGAGGUUGAUAUUGUUUUUGCUCAUCUUCAUCAAACCCACGGUCCGGAGCACGGGGAAGGAUCCUAUCCCCAACUUUGUUUUUCUCUACUCCAGGCGCUCAUUUUGUAUGUUGGAUGCCCGAUUAUUAAGUCCAGCGCAGCGCCCAAGUUGUCGGAGGGGCCGCCGGGGGAAGCGGGCUCUUGGAUUUCGGUCCGGCCUGGAGGAGGAAGACCUCGCGUUGGUUGAGCAGCGUUUUCGCUGUACGGCCAAAGACUUCUUUGUUCGGAGGCCAUAACGAUUCACUUACUGAGACUUAAAGGGCCAACGAACAGCAGCACAGAAUGGCUGCUGCUGUGGGAACAGACAAGGAGCUCAGCGACUUGCUGGACUUCAGUGCGUUUACGCUUCCAUUUCAGAUGUUUGCGCCGCCUGUAUCAAAUGGCAAGAACCGGCCAACGACUCUCGCCAGCAGUCAGUUUGGAGGUUCAGGUGUGGACGAGCGGACCGGGCCGGGCCCCUGGGGGCCGGCGGAGCAGAGCAGUCCAUCCUUCAGCCAGACCAGGGGUUACCCGGAAGGGGCCGUCUACAACGAGCACGAGGGCAUCCCCUCGGCCCCCGCCUUCGGCUCGGGCAUCGUCGUGCGCCGCCCACCAGGCAAGGCCGAGCGAGGAUCCUAUUCUUCGUUCACCGCACAGCCGGGCUUCAUGCCCAGCGAGAUGCCCAUGCCCAGCCCCGACGCCCUGUCCCCGUCCAGCGUCAAGUCGGGCUCCCAGUUCUACUCUCCCUACCAGGGCGGGAACCCCCGCAGGAGAACCCCACAGGACAGCAUGGAUCCCCAGCCAAAAAAGAUCAGGAAGGUGCCCCCCGGCCUGCCGUCCUCGGUGUAUGCACCGGCUUCAGGGGAGGAAUUUAACCGGGACAGCGCUGGCUACCCGCCCUCAAAGGGGGGCAACGCCUACCAGGCACCGUUCUACAUGCAAGAAGGCCUCCAUCCUUCCUCGGAUCCGUGGGCGGCCGCCGGGCCGAUGGUGCAGCCUGGCUACUCUGCCGUGCUGGGCAACUCCCCCCACCUGGGCCAGCACGCCCCCUUCACUGCCAUCCAACCCCAGGACAGGCUGAAGAGGCAGCCGCUGCCCCUGUCCCCCCAGAGCUACCCGCUGCACGGCAGCGAGGUGAACGGGAGCCACCCUCCCGGCUUCCACUCGGCCUCCAGCGGCUACGGCCCCCCCAACCACACGCCGCCGCUCAACGGCACCGACGCCAUCAUGGCCAACCGAGGGACGGCUCCCGGAAGUUCAGGCGACGAGAUCGGGAAAGCCCUGGCAUCUAUCUAUCCCUCCGACGCAACCAGCAGCGCCUUCCCUUCAUCUCCGUCUCCCCCCGCCGGCUCGCCCCAGGCUAUUUCAGGCUCCGCCUCCCAGUGGACCCGGUCCUCCGGCCAGGCCACACCCUCCCCCAACUUUGAGGGAGGAAUUCAAGCUCUUCAGAAUAAAAUGGAGGACCGUCUGGAAGAAGCCAUCCAUGUUCUCCAGCGUCACGCCGGCGGCCAGGGAGGCCCAGGUCUGGCAGAGAUGCACAGCCUGCUCUCGUCUGGCAUGGGGCUGGCACAGACCUUCGGCAGUGCGGGGCUGGGCAUGGCCAGUCGCCUUCAGGGACUGAUAUCAGGAGGCAACCACGAGGACUCUCCUGGACUGCCCUCUAGUGGCGGCCUGCUGCACGGCCAGCACGGCGCCUCCUCUGGCCAGCCGGGCUCUCAGGCCGAAGGCUUCAACGGCCUUCCUUCGGCCUGCUCAGUGUCUUCACUGCUCACCUCUCUCCUAGGGCUGCCCGGCGGCCUGUCCCGCUCCGGCGGGGGGGACCUCAAGCGGGAGGACAAGGACGACGACGACGACGACUCCUCCAUGAACGACAAGUCGGACGACGAGAGGAAGGACAUGAAGGCUCGCAUCCGAUCCAGUUCAGACGUGGGUGAAUUUCGGAUAUCCCAACUCUUAACCAGGCUAACCCGUGCAACAGAAUCCGGGGACGAUGUGGAUUUGGAUGACGAUGACGAGGAUCUGCCGGUGGAAGUGAAGGCUGAGCGGGAGAAAGAGCGGAGGGUGGCAAACAACGCUCGCGAGCGGCUACGCGUGCGGGACAUCAACGAGGCUUUUAAGGAGCUGGGGCGCAUGUGUCAGCUACACCUAAGCAAUGAGAAACCCCAGACCAAACUCCUCAUACUGCACCAGGCCGUAAACGUUAUACUCAACCUGGAGCAGCAAGUCAGAGAGCGUAAUUUAAACCCAAAGGCUGCGUGCCUGAAGAGACGGGAAGAGGAGAAGGUGUCGGGCGUGGACCCCCAGAUGCAGCUGGGAGGGGGUCACCCCGGGCUAGGAGGAGAUGGACACAACCCAGUGAACCAUAUGUGAUUCUCAGUUCCUGUUGAUUGUACAGCCCUUAAAACAUGUGGCCUUAACCUAUUAUCAUGCAUUACAGUGCGUGUUAAAAAAAAACAGAAAACAAAUGGAAAACACGGACACACACACCUCAUUACCGCAAAGCCAGUGGCCACAUUCCUGAUCAUGAAUAA